CCCGGGCUGAGGAGAGUCAGUGCCACCCCGACAGGCUCCUGGAGCUAAAGGCCGAGCUCAAGGAGAACCGAUGGGAAGCAGCCUCAGUGGGCAUGUGGAGCCAAUCAUUGUUCCUCCUGUUUCUGUCAUGGACCAAACCCAUUCAGUCUUUAAUAGACCAUGGAUUUUUACAAUAUCAAUCGCAGGAUGGAAAUAGGAAAGCAUCCCAAGCUUCUUCAGCCUUUAUUUUGACUUUUCAGAAAUGUGCAGAAGUGAGUGGCCAAACUGAAUCUCAGAUAAUGACAGUGAAGCUGAUGAUAAACAGUUCAAACAUGCAAUCCCCGUUUAACAUCUCAAAGCUUACUAUCCGAGAUGCUGUUACUGGUUUGAGCAUUCUGAGCAACAUGGGGAAUGAAACUGAAUCAGGGUUCCAGACCUACACCAAAGAAUUUCUUCAAAGUGGUGAGUACUACACAAUAAGUUACACUGCAGUACUAAAUGACCAGGAAACCCAGGAUGCAAGGAACAUUUCAUUACCGGCCUACCUCAUCUUUGAUGAUCAAUCACAGAAUAGCCUUGUGAGCCUUGAACAAGCUCUGGUGGCGAAUUUCACAUUGACUAAGAAAACAGCUGCACAGGUUUUACCCAAUCAUACGAUCCAUUUUGUGGGGUUUCUGGUUGCUUUUGUUACUUCUUUCAUCUUGGUGUUCUUGGUCCUCUUAAUUGCCUUCAGGAUCAGAAGAGCAGCCAUCAGGAACUCUCCUUUUCAGAAGGCAAGAACAAGCCAGUCGUUUUCUAGUUCUGCGCUAAUUGGUGAAUCAGCGGACCUGUUAGAGGAAAAGAUUCGACUUCAGGAAAAAGUGAUUGAUAUUUUGGUGUUUGAAGACCCAAAAAACAUGAUGGAAGCCUUUGAUGAUUUACAGGUGUUGAAUAUGGUGCAGGUGGAUGUGGAUCUGGAACAGCAUCGAAAACAAAUGAGCAUGGAUGCCACUGCGCUUCUGCUCAGGAACUUUAAGCUUGAUGGUGCCCUCUCGCUCCUCUCGGAGGAACAGAUAAGCACGGCCUUCAAAGAGCAGUUUCAGGAGUUGGACAGCAGACUACAGGUCGAGCAUGAUACAAAGAUGGCCAUGUUAGCAGCUCAGUGCAACCAGGAGACCAGACUGAAAAUGGAAGCUCUUUACAGCUGUGAAAUGCAACAGAAAGAAGAAGCCGAGCUGAUCACACAGAACUUGGAUGAUGAGGUUGCCUUACAGUGCAGGAAGGAUCUAGACAAACUGCACAAAUUUGAGCAGAAACAACUACAUCGUUUGCUGUUGGUGAAUCAUGAGGAAGCCUCUGCAAGGGUCCAGAGGGAACUAGUUGUGCGCCUGAGGCACGAACUUCAAAACGUAGUCUUUGACCAGCUGAAGGAAGUCACCAGGAAGGAAGAAUUGGAUAAGGCUGCAGUCAGUCGACAUUUGUACCAGAACUGGUGCAUUCAGUUUCAGUUGGAGGAGUUGAUGGAUCGGCAAUUGUCUUUCCAGAGACAGAUACUUGCAGAGGAUCUCGCUCAUAAGAAAUACCUAGCAAACAGGAUACAGAGGUGUGUGAACCAGAGAAGUAACCUUGUGAACACAACAGCCUGUCAGAUAUCGGUCCUCAUCAAUCGAAUGAAAAACAUUGAUUGUGUGUCAGAAGCUCAAGUGGCGUCUCUGCUGGAGAUGAUGCAGCAGGAGAUGCUUGUUGUGAAGCGGAGGUUAGACGAGGUUGAGAAUAAAGAGAAGAAACUACUGCAUCGCAAUCUCAUUAGUGAGAGAAGAAAACUGAUUUCAGAAAAAAUUUGUGAACAAGAACGUCAACAGAAGGAGAUGACAUCUCUUCUUAAUACUUUUGAAGAGAGACUAUUGGAUCCCCAGAAAUACUUGGUGGACUGGCACAACUUGUCAUCUAAUCAAAGUGCAGAAUUCCAGGAACUGGUGGAGAAGUUGGAUGCAGAAGCCGCCAAGCAAUUGAAAGCCUUUACCUUGCACCUCAGUCAUAGUGCCGUCACCAAACAUCGGCAGAUCAAAGCCUUACUUGUUCAGGAGCUGACUAAUCUUGGGGUGGUCAAGAGUUGUUUCCAACAAAUAGGGGAGGAGCAGGAGCGGGAGAUCAAUAUUCUACGUGAGAAGGAAGGAAAACAAGAGGAGGAAGAAGAACGAAAUAGUCGGGAAUCCCUGGAGAAACUUAGGAAGGAGCUACUGCAGCAGCUGGCUUCAGAAGCUGAGCAACAGAAAUCCAUGAAGCACCAGGGGCGGUUGCUUUUUGAAACCAUAUUGAUGAGUCCACUCACACUCUCUGAAGACGAUACACAGAAGCUGAUGCUGGAGCAUUUUGCUGGUUGCUCUCAAAUGGACAAUGGCUUAGCUCUACCUCGGCUGCAAGAAAGAGCCAAACUCCAAGCUCGUCUGAUCGAAUGUCGGAAAGCGAAGCUGGAACAACUAGAGCAGAAUUGCAAGAAAUGGCACAAGAGAAAGGCUAAGAGACUGAGGUCUGGUGAGACUGCAAAGCUACGGGCUCUGAUGGAACAUAUUAAGGAUAGAGUUGAACUGUACAAGGAAGAAAGUGAACAUGUUACAGAAGAGGUGAGCAUGAUUUGCACUGAGCUGGUUUCUCAGAAAGCGAAUCAGAUGAAGGCUCUGGAAGAAAACCUAGGAAUCUGCAUGUCCUCAAUUCAGCUACAGAAAGCCUCGAGGCAUGCGAGACUCCUGGGGAGUCACACUGCUAUUCUCAACCUACAAGCUCUACUGUUAGAAGAACUAAGCACAGCAGGGACACUGUCUGGGUCAGAAUGUACCCAAAUUAUUCAGGCACACCAUCACGAACUGGAGCAGCUGUUCAGCUUACAUUCAGAAGUACUACAACACAAGCUUGCUGUCCAGAGUCAACAGGCAGGAAAGUUCAGCUGGGCAGUGACACAGAGCAGGUCUCUCUGUGGCGGAGCGGCAGCUCAAAGUAGUGGUCAAAUAUCACUUUGUCUGCACCAGGCCAUGCUUAAGUGUCAAGAAGUGAUGGAAGAAGAGAGCCAAAGACUAAGAGAGGAAGAAAGAAACAGCCAAUUACUUGAAGAUCUAAAGGAACAGCUGGCAGUGGAGAGACUUCUAGCUCUUCAGGAGCAGGAGAUCAAGUUGGUGGCUUACCUUGUGCAGCAGCUGAAAGUACCAGUAAAUGUGAUGCAAUCAUUGUUUAACCUGCUUCUUCCCAAUGCCACUGAGAACGAGAUAGCUCCACUAAUCAGUCAAAUCUACUCAAGAGAUAGUAGCAGAAUGGUUGAUAGUGGGCUGAGUGAAAACAUUGCAGAUGAUUCGAGAAAGAGGAGGCUUCAGGCUUUCAAACAGUCACUCAAUCUAAAGCUUAGGGAGCAACUUAUUGCUAAGCAGCUGGAGAAGACACGCACUCUUUGCAGAAAGAAAGGAAGCAGGGUAUUGAAGCUAAAGCGAUUGCAGCUCCUGAAAGGUAUGUCCUUUUCUCAUGUGGACACUUCCUCUGAAUUUCUUCCUCAAGAAGCUCAGUGCCAUCCUGAACCAGCUGGUGAAACCAUAGGUCAAAUGCUAAACUUGCCAGACACAGAUGAAAAAGUAUUUGUGUUUCGUAUUAAAGCAGAGGAACCCUGUCGUACAAACCUUCGCCCAAAGAAGAAAAAGCGGAAUUUCCUGAACUUUAAAAGAUCAACUGUGGCUAAUUUAGAAAGACCUUAAAUGCAGAAUUAUUUCAAGGUGUUGUAUUGGCCUCUGUAACUCAUGUUACUGCACUCUUCACCUUUUUAUCAAUAUGCUAUUUGAUAAUAAUAAUGCUUGCAUUGAUAUAGCUCUUUUCAC